UGUGUGUUCACGUCAGGAGCAGGAAGUGUGUGCGUGCCUUUGUGCUUGAGAGAGUGAAUUUGUGUUGGGGAGUCGAACUGUAGUAACAGCAGUAACACCCGUUUCAUCAUUUUCCUGUGCUUGCAUUGUUAUUUCAUCUCGCCACUGUUUUGCUCUGUGCAAUGGAUGGUGGGCAUCUGGAGAGCCUCCUGUUUCCGCCUCCUCGUGUUGCUGUACUACCAUGAGCAGUUCCACUCCAUCCACAGCUAAUGGCACUGACAGUAAAACAUACAAAGGAGACCGAUCUCCCUGUGGCCCCUCCCGCGUCCUCCACGUCCGCAAAGUUCCCAUCGAAGUGUCUGAAGCAGAGGUCGUCUCACUAGGAAUCCCUUUUGGCAAAGUCACCAACCUGUUGAUGCUUAAAGGGAAAAACCAAGCUUUUAUAGAAAUGGCUUCUGAAGAAGCAGCCAUCACCAUGGUCAACUACUACACCACAGCUACACCCCAUGUCCGCAACCAGCCCGUCUACAUCCAGUAUUCCAACCACCGUGAGCUCAAGACCGAUAAUCUGCCCAAUCAAGGGAGGGCUCAGGCUGCUCUGCAAGCUGUCAAUGCAAUGCAUUCUGGGAAUAUGGGUCUCUCUGGGACUGCGACAGCCAGUGAUGGUGGAAUGAUGCCUGGGCAAAGUCCUGUGCUUCGCAUCAUCGUGGAGAAUCUCUACUACCCAGUGUCUCUAGAAGUGCUACACCAGAUCUUCUCAAAAUUUGGAACAGUCCUCAAGAUCAUUACCUUCACCAAGAACAACCAGUUCCAGGCCUUGCUACAAUAUGCAGAUCCAAUGAACGCACAUCAUGCCAAAAUGUCUUUGGAUGGGCAGAACAUCUACAACGGCUGCUGCACUCUGCGUGUCGAGUUCUCCAAGCUGACCAGUCUGAAUGUGAAAUACAACAACGACAAGAGCAGGGACUUCACCCGUCUGGACCUUCCCUCAGGGGACGGCCAGCCUACCAUGGACCCCUCCAUGCAGACCGCUUUUGGGGCUCCUGGGAUCAUUUCCUCUCCAUACCCCGGGGCGGCUGGUUUCGCCCCCGCUAUCGGUUUUCCUCAGGCAGGUCUGUCUAUGCAGGCGAUGCCUGGCGCUCUGGGACCUCUCACCAUCCCUUCAUCAGCAAUGACAGGACGGAUGACCAUCCACGGCAUGACCCCCACCACCAUCCACUCCGUGCUCCUCGUCUCCAACCUCAACCCUGACAGUAUAUCGCCACACGAACUCUUCAUUUUAUUCGGAGUCUACGGAGACGUUCACAGAGUCAAGAUUCUGUUCAACAAGAAAGAGAAUGCCUUAAUACAGAUGGCGGACGCCACGCAAGCCCAGCUCGCGAUGAGCCACCUGAACGGUCAGCGUCUGUAUGGUAAGGUGAUCCGUGUGACCAUCUCAAAGCACCAGACGGUGCAGCUCCCCAGGGAGGGUCAGGAGGACCAGGGCCUGACCAAAGACUUCAGUGGGAGCCCGUUGCACCGCUUCAAAAAGCCCGGCUCCAAGAACUUCCAGAACAUCUUCCCCCCCUCCGCCACCCUGCACCUCUCAAAUAUCCCUCCCUCCACCACGGAUGAUUUUCUGAAAGACCUGUUUGUCAGUUCUGGAUACACGGUCAAGGCCUUCAAGUUUUUCCAGAAGGACCGCAAGAUGGCGCUGAUCCAGUUGGGUUCGGUGGAAGAAGCCAUUCAGGCUCUUAUCGUCCUCCACAACCACGACCUGGGAGAGAACCACCAUUUGCGAGUGUCCUUCUCCAAAUCCACCAUCUAGCACUCCCUUCACUACAAACACACCCUUUCCCCAUCCUCCCCAUUCCAGCCCUUCUACCCUCAGCAGUCUGACUGUUUCAUUCAGAGAAUAAGACUGACUGACAAACUCAAAAAAAAAAAAAAAACAUUACAGAUAUUCAUGGGGUAGUUUUAGAGAUUUUCCCAAAAAAAAGAAAGAAAAAAAAAAAAGCAAAUAAGAGACUACUGCUGAACCUUUAGACAGUUUGAGAGUGAGUUACUCUCGAUUCCAGGGCUGGAGACACAUGGGAUAUCCAUGACAAUGUGACGUUUCUGGGAACUUCUGUGUCGAGGAAGUAAGAUUCCCUCUAGAGUCAAUUGGUGAGGACUUCGUUGAUGUGAAAUGCAAACUAACACGAGAUGAACAUUCUCAACAAUAGUCAAUGCUGAGGAAGUUUCUUUACGCACACUUGCCGAUUACAUUGGAGACUGACACUCCUGUAGCCCAAUGGCCUUGUUACCCCAGACCCAGUGAGGGCGGAGUCUCCUCUGCUACUCCCCCAAAACCCACACCUUCAUUCUCAUUGGCUGUUUCGACGGAGAGCCCCAUUUCCCGUGGGAUGUUUUGGACGCACGGUCACCGUUUGAAUGUCGCUGACAUCGUCAUCAAGGUGCUGCUGGAAAAAAAAAAAUCUGUAGCGAUGGCCUCAACCAAUAGGCUUGUGCUUUUCUUCUGAGUAGCAUUAAAACAAGACUGCCAUGGAUUCAAAAAUGGGUGCAUUUUAAAUUCAAUUCGCAGCUGUUUCGGCUUACAAACCUUUUUGUUUCUCUGCACUUUGAUUGGUUUGAAUUGAAGACAGGCACCUUGGGGAAUGUUAGGCAUCCUCAUAUCUGUUUACUGUGCAAAGAUGUAUAGCCAGAUGGUAGGCAUCUGUGAAUAGAUAGUGAAUGGCGUGAUUUGUUUUGUUUUUUUCUUGUAUUAUGGAAAUUUUAUAUUGGACAGACCAGCCUUUUGUGGGCUCUCUGCACCUGCAAAGCUGUCAGAGAACAUCUGCGUGCAAUGGCGCACAAUUUCAUUGUCCAGUCGAUCGGGUUCCUCUGAAACAAGGCGACCGUUUUCAAACAUGCACGAUCAUUCCUGAACACUUAUGGCCAGCUGUCAACCCUACUGGAACGCUCCAAUCAGCAACGCCCAGCCUGACAGGAGGCUCCGCCUCCUCCUAAGUGAAAUUCUCAAUGUGAAUGGUAUAGCCCGUGAUCUCGAUUGGGAAAUUGACAAUUUCCUCCAUUCUGUUCCCCUUCUUGCUCUUAGUUGAGUCUUCUCCUUUCGUUCUACUUGUUUUCUAUCUUUCCACGCAGGGGCAGAAGUUUCUAUCCUCUGCUCUUUUACUCCUCGGCUCUGUCCACAGGUGUGAGAGUGCGCAGCCAUGGGCUCUGUAAAAACCAUAGUGAAGACCAUUGAGUCAUAGAAAAAAAGAGGGCGGCACUCUCUUUUGCCUUGCAGUCCCACACUAGAUGCCUCUGCAUCCGAGCAAACCAAAUAUAAACGGAUUUGAGUAAGUCGGAAAGUUCCACCAAGUUCCUAAAACCUAGUGAGAUGCUGCAUAGGCAGCUGCCUUCUAAGGCUUAAUCUCCAUGAAAGCCCAUAAGUGACUGAUCUGGAAUGCUCUAGAAUUGACUAAUAGUACAGAAGUCCACAGCAAACUUGACUCUAAUAGAGUUCAGAUCAGAGGUUUUCUUCUAUAGGUGAAGAUAAAAUCUGAGUCCGUACCAUCGGAAAGAAACUGUCAAUGUGAAUCUUGUAAGCCGAUAAUACAAGACUCUGAUAUCAUACAAAUACUCACUCCAAAACUAGCAUUUCCUCCAGGAGGCAUUCUGAUUUGAUUGAUUUUAGUGGAGUUAGAUGUUUGCAUGUUAACUUCAAUAGUAGAAAUACAUAUCACAUGUGAAUGGUGUUAUAUUUAGGUAGAUUGCCUUAUCUACAAACGUUGAGCAUGUGCUAUGUAUUCUUUAAGUUCAUUACAGUGAUAGUUUGAGGUUAGCAUGUUGCUAAGCUAAUAACACUGUGUCUACACUGGACACAAAGGGAACCCAUUAUAAUCAGUUAUACUGUCUAUGCUGGAUGCAUUGUGACGAAACAAGGACAGUAAACAGAUUACUGUUCGAUUUCUAAGGCACUCCUUAGAAAGUGCUUGCGCUACUUCUGACAACAGGAUAAACUUUCACUUUGACAUCCGUUGUAGAAAGCCUCAAGAUGUUGCGGAAUAAUGCGGGAACUGUGUAGACGUCCUGUAAUAAAUGUUAAAUUUUACAGCACAUACUAACAUUAGCUUAGCAACAUGCUAAUAUCAAACUCUGAUCAUAUAAAAGAUUUUAAAGCUUGAUUCUAUCAUCAAACUAGUUAAAAUAAUACAUUUUUAACUAAACAAUUUUAUAGAUAUUUCAGUAUUUUAGGAAUUCAAAGUAUAUUUACAAUCGACUCGCCCUCCAUCUUGAAUUUUAAUGAGCUUAUCACAGUGCAUUCUGAGAUUGCCUUAUCUACAAAGGAUACCGGUACAUGUAAUUCUGCCAUAGAGUUUGGCCAAAAGUAGAUAUCUUUGAAGGCUGAAACAGCCUUUGUGUCGGGAUCGUGCCUGUGAUGCCUUAAAACGUUGUCUAAGUAGGCAGCUUACUAGGUUUUGGAACAUGGCGAUGGUGAGCACAUACAGAAGCUGAUUCUGUAUGUACGCGUUUAGUUAGUAUUUGUGCGGCUGCAUUGAGACUCUCUAGGAUAUAUGAUGUCUCCCUUGUGCGUACGAACGAGGUGCUGUCUCAUUUAGCGAAAUCUGGCCUUAACAUUCCAAGGAGGGUCACCAUAGACCCGUUGAGUAGCAUCUAAAGGGAGCAGCUCCUGUGCCUGAGCACUAUAUCCUCUGUCAAAGCCCGUUUGAAAUCACAUCCAACAAUUUAACAAUCUUCAUGUUCAUGCAAGGCAAGGGACAGUGACAAUUUUUUUUUUUUUUGUCUUUGACUGAUUUCACCUGAAGCGAUCUGAAAUUUCGCUUUCACUUCUCAAAAGAAAUUUAAUUUUGUUGAAGUUUACAGUCUUAAAGCAAACUAUUCAGGUCUAUAUAUCUUAAGGAUUGUCAAGAUUUUUUGAGAAAAAAAAAAGUUACUUAUUUUUGCUAAUUUGUUCUUUUUUAUGGAAGAUUAAAAAAAAAUCAAAUUUGAAACCUCAUCGGGUUUUUGUACCACUAUAAUCAUUCAAGAAAUCAUGGUGAAAAAAAAAUCAUAUUUACUGUGUAUUUACCUAAUUUCUUAUUACGUGCCUUAUUAUGUGUUCAUAAUCAAAUAGGUUUUAGACAUUUUAACUGAAAUAUCUUAUGUACUAUUUUGUGGGAUUGGUGAGAGGGUUGAUUUAUUUUGAUCUUGAUUUUUCUUUUAUUAUCUUUUUGUUGUGUAGCUCUUAUAGAUGUGCAUUUUGUGGGGACUCAGUACCAUGUGGUCUUAAUAUGAUAUGAGAUGUAAGUUAUGAUGUAUGGUGCUGUGAAUGCUCUUAUUAGACAAAUGAACGGUGAACCCAACAAUGUUCAGAGCAUGCUGUGGGUCUCUAUUCUCCCUCGCAGAUGUGUGUGUGUACACAUGUGUGCCAGACACGCGUACCAUUGUUACGUACAGCCUUUCUAGGCCAAAAACAAAGUUCCUCCAUCUUUGACGUAAAUAUUUCAAGAUCAGAGACUGAGGUUGCUGUAAACUUGCUUAUAGUUCUGAUUAAAAAGUAUGAAUUUAACUGAGCCAUUAUGAGCACAUCUGUGAAGUUUUUUUCAUUUCUAAGUGGUCACACGCAAAUUUCGUCUGGCGAACAAUAAAACGUGCGGGAAAAAAAUCCCAUAGACGUACAUUGAAGGAUUCGCCGAAGCCGUGUCUAGAGACUUGCAGUUGGGUUCUUUUUACUUUGGGCCAGUUAGUAACCAACUAGGGACCAUCUGGACAUCACAGCAACGCAUUAAAACAACUCCGAACAUCUUUGCAACCACAUAGCAACCUCCAAAAAACCAUAAUGUGAUGUUGCCGAGUUUUUCAUGGUAAGGUCCACUCAGAAAUGAACAUGUAUUAAUCACAUCUUCUAAUAUGAUUAUGAUCAUGGGUGCACAUAACUGGUGUGCAUGCGUGGUAAAAAAUACACGAUGCACAGCAAAAAACGUGGAGCGAAACGCUUUUUAGUACCAAAAUUUUGAGGGACAAGGACACGUUUACUUACUGGAGUAGGAUUUUUCUCCAUCUCUGGUAAGUUUAGUUUAAUCAUCGUAGGCUGAAAGUUUAUCAUCGUGUUUUGUCUUGCCAAUGAUUUUAAAUGUGAAAGAAGAGGCCUAAAUCGGGAUUCGUAUGUUCGAUCCGUGCAUUCGGUCUUAAAGUGACUGCAGCAUAAUACUCCUAUUGCGUCAUUAAUGUCAAUAAAAUAAAAAAUACAGCUUGAAACUGUAUUUAACUUCUACAGUGAACAAAUAGUGUUAUAGUGAGGAGAGCAGGAGGAAAGUGAUGACGACAGCUUGUAGGAUAAGCGUAAAGUAUGAGUACCAAGCAGCAUCUCUAGGUUCUCCCUUGAGAACCAGACCAAAAGAAGUUCUGUGCACCCCAUCUAAAUUAUCCUCGUGGAGACCCAGAAGCCCACAGCAUAGGCUCUGAGUGUUCAGGUCUGCCUUCUGUUUUGCUAUGGAGUGAUGCUGAUGUCUGAGACCUCCACCUGUGUGUGUGUGUGUGUGUUUUGGAGUAUCUUAUUUACUGUACCUUAUAAUUGAUUCAGUUUAGGGGUUUUGGCCUGUUUCGUUCUUGCUCUGUUGUGAUACUUUUUGUUCUUUUUUGGGGGUUUGUUGAUUUUCUAUAUUAAGAGCGUGAAAACUGGUUCAAGAUUGUUGUCUGUCACUCUGCCUCUUCACAACAGCAGUUCCGGGUCCGUAACGUCCACCGACGUGUGCGAUGGCGUCCGUCGGGAGGUGAGAUAUAUGCAGAGCGCCGAUCUGCUCCCGGCUACAAUGCUUUUUAUGUAUCAACAGGAGAAAAGCCAGACUCCAUAAACGUGUCGCAGUCGCAGAAGUCAUUCAUUUUAGUUUUUCGAAGCGAAACAUGUUUCCAACCACGUCUUGACUCAGGCAACAACGUUCCGCUGUGUUGUAAGACAUUUCCUCGUUGAUAUCCGCGCUGACUCGAACAGUUAACACACACGUGUAUGGUUUUUUCCAGGUUUUUUACUGAAAAAAAAAGUCACAAAUAAUGCAGGACCAAAGUUUAUGUGCCUUUCAUCUAGCUUAUUUGUAACUCAUUUCCUGGCUGUAAGUUAUAUCAGAAACCGACAAACUUCUUGUAUUUUCCACUCUCGGUCAUGUUACGAGUCUGUUUUUCCACGCGUCUCGCAGUCUGUUUUUUCGGAUUGUUUUCCUCAGAAAGGUCAAGCCAUAUCCUUUCCCCCAUCAAACUAGACUCAUUUACGAUUGUGAAUGUUACCGGGCCCUUAUGGAUUCAUUUGAACAGCCUUACGCUAGUCGCCACCAUCUGGAUAAGCGGUUACACUUUUUGUCUUAUUUAGUCAUCAAUUCCAUUAAAAAGCUUUACUCUAAAAACGUACAAGACCGUGACGAUAAACCAACCACUGAAACCAAAGGACUUGAUUGAAUUGGAACUGAUGCAGCACUGUUCAGACUGAGAUAUUUUGUUGCUUUAUUACAAUGCAAUUGACCCUUACAAUCUAAACUUCAAAUUUCAGCCGUAAUGCUUUCUAUUCUCUUCUCAUGACUAAAUUUAUGGGCUAUGAAUAUGCUAAUUGACAUGUGUAAUUUGCAUAAAGGGAGGGGCUAGACUAAAUUAGCUAACUGAGGUGUCGCUCAAGCACAGCGCACAUACAGAAGUGCCUGAGUUGAUCUCAGGAUGCUUUGAAAUACCUAAUUUAUAGUUUUUAUGAAUGUUUCACUACCAAAAGGAAACAAAUGCUGUACAUAUGUGUUCCCUUAUUAUUUUUAUUUUAAUGUUUUUUUUUUUUUGUUUGUUUGGUUUUUUUUUUUUACCUGGCCAAAAAAAAAAAAAGGUUUUGGGGAACAAGAUACAUUACAAACACACCAAUAUGAACUGGUUUUUAUAUUUAUGGAAAUUAACAUGAAAACACAAUUUGUCUUCUGUUUUUUGAUAUCAUACCAGUACCAGCUUUCAUUUGUAAAGCAGUUUAUGUGACUUGUGGGAAUUGGGGAGAGACAUGAGCGUAUCCAGUUUAUGAGUUUGAUGUAAUAAAUGCAAAUAGAAGAUAAACUAUUAAAGAAACAUAUUUUCUAAUUUUUUGCAGUGCAUGACUGAGUGGAGAUUUUAUUUGUAUUUUUUGUAGAAAGCAUUUUUUCUGUUUAUGAAUGGCUUAUUAUUAUGCAUAAUCAUUAUUAGAAUUAUUAUUCGUAUUACCCACCCUGCUGACGUUUUUUCCUAAUCAAAUUUAAUUGUAGCAUGCCUUGAAUAAAUGUCAUGACAUCUGUA